AUGUCGGAGAUAUCGUUGUAUACGCCACUCAUUGCAGGGCAGCUGUAUGAGAGUGAGGGACUCAACCCCGGAAUCGAUCCCUUCGAGGAGCAUGCUCCGCCUGUCGGACAUUCUGAGGUCUUUCAGUGCCCUGAGUGCAGAGGAUUGACUGCGGACUGUGGGUUGUGUUACUCCAAUAAUCAGGCGACCCUACGAGACAUUUGCUCUAGAUGCACCUUCGCUUCUGGCACGUCAUCGUGCACCAAGAGUUCAUCCCAGUCCAUCUCCCCGAGCAAGGACUCGGUCUUUGGCACGCCAGAGUAUAAUCCACAAGAUCUACUCGUCACAGCCUCAGCAGAUGAAGAUUGCAUUCCCAGCUCGAGCCGUGUUGUGGAUGACAACGACACAGGUCCAAGCACAUCGUAUAGUGUCAGGAAAACAUCACGCAAAUUUAGUAGAUAUCGAAGGCGGACAUCCACGUCUGUAUCUCCGAUGCCACUGUCCAGAGUCAUAAAGCUGGCGGCCUCCUUCUUUUUCAUCUACAGUGCCAUGAAUUCCAUUUCGGAAUACGUCACAUCCCUUUUGCCGGACAGCUUAGGAGACGAGUCCUUGUUCCUGUUGCAAACAACAUUAUGCGCUUCGACCCUGGCGGCUCCAAGCAUUGUGUCAGUCCUAGGAGAACUGCGGGCCAUGAUGUUGGGCGGAACAACUCACGUCAUAUACCUAGCAGUUUUGAUGCAGCCCUCGCGGUCCUUCGUGUUAGGGGCCAGUGCCCUGUGUGGGUUUGGAGCUAGUGCAUCCUGGGUAGCUCAAGGAACUUACCUCACUCGGUGCUCACCUCCCGAGAAGAGGGGCCUUUUCACCGGUGUAUUCUGGGGGAUAUACUACGUUGCUGAUAUAGUGGGCAACCUGACUGCAUAUACUUUGUUCAAGUACCUCUCUCAAAAUACCAUGUUUGCCAUGGGUGCUUGCUCGGCCUUGGUGGGUGUCCUGCUUCUCCUGUUCAUGGAGGAGAGAGAUAGCACCCUCGGGGAAAUGGGUGCCAGUGGCGGCAGCAAUGCCAAUUCCGGCUCAGACACGGGAGAAGAAAGCCUGACGUUUGGAACUUGUGAAAGGUGUGGAAAUCCCCCCAAAAUGGAGGUGCUGCAGGUGUGCAGAAGGUCAAGCUGGGGGGGCCUGUUGCUCUUUCUUCUGUUGACACCGAUGCUCUUCUAUGCCGGAUGUGAGUCGGCUUUCUGGACCGGAGAGUACACGAAGCUACUUCCUACCAACACAAUCGGCUUGGUGUUGCUUUGCACUGGACUGGGACAGUUCCUUGGAUCGUUUUUAUUAGGCUGGUUGUCAGAUUUUUUCCACUGUCAUACGCCAACAUUCCUGGUUGGAGUGUUGGCUAGUGCUACGGGACUACUCACAUGCCUGCCACUGCAAAAGGCCUCGGAAGAAGGUUAUGUUCCAACUCAGCCUUGCAUUCUGGGCACACCGGUGAUAGCAUUUCUCGGAGCCUUCAGCUUUGGAGUGGCAGACGGAGUUCUUACGACUCACUCCUAUGCUAUUACAGGAAGGAUUUUCCCAGGAAGGAAGCCAGAGAUCUGGGCGGUCUUUAAUCUUCUAAGCAAUGGAGGGGCAGCUUCCACGUACUGGUUUGGAAUGAUUUUCCCUGUGUUGCAAGGAGGAAUCGUAAUUCAACUCUGGGCCCAGGCUUUGAUUCUCACAGUGGGCACUCCAUUGUACAUCAUCGUGGAUAUAUGGUCUGCGAGUCAAGCAACAUUGCAGAUGCAUAUGUUUCGUAGAAAAAGGACGAGAAGACACCGCGUCGAGCAGAGCCUAAUGUUGAAUUAA